AUGGCUACCCGCAAGUGCGCCGCUGUCGUUGUUGGCGCUGGCCCGGCCGGCGUUGCUGUGAUGGGCAAUCUUCUGGAGCGACAGCUAGGAUCUAUCGCAUGGAUUGACCCCAGCUUUACCGCCGGUAGAGUCCACGCCAAGUACCGCGAGGUCCCUAGCAACACCAAGGUUUCAUUUUUCCAAGCAUUCGCAACGGCAACUCAGCCAUUCCAAAAGAUCAUUGAUAACUCCCGCUCACCAAACGCAUUCACUACUCUGGCCAAACUGGACCAAGAGAAAACAUGCACCCUGAGCUAUGCGGCAGACAUGAUCCACGGUCUGACCGACGGCCUGGUGAAAAUGGAACAAGUCCAUGCCUUCCAAGGCUUUGUUGCAGCAGCCAAUCUCAAUGAGCAGGCCUGGACAAUCCGCGUCAGACAGCAGGGCUCACCUGAUCUCAACAUCGAAACCACCCGCCUGAUCCUCUGCACAGGCGCCCACCCCACUAACGUCCCGGUCCCGGUCCCCGGACUGAACAUUCAGCGUUUGGACCUCGACCUAGUCCUCAAGCCCACCGAGCUAGCACAGACCCUAGAGGAUAAGCCUCUCACGGUAGCCAUCGUCGGCGCUUCUCAUAGUGCCAUCCUAGCCAUCCUCAAUUUCAUCCAUCUCGCCAACACCUCCCACCCUAAUCUCCGCAUCAAGUGGUUCGCCCGCCAUGCGCUCCGCUACGCCGAAUUCAAAGAUGGCUGGAUUCUGCGCGAUAACACCGGAUUGAAGGGCCACGCUGCAGAAUUUGCCCGCGAGCAGCUAGAAGAUGAUAAGCUUCCCAUUUCCGAUGCAGGCAAAGUUCUGACUAAGAUCGACUGCGCGGGUGGUCGGGAUAUCGAGUCUGCCCAAUAUCAGAAGUACCUGCCGGAAUGUGACUAUAUUGUCCAGGCGGUCGGAUACACCCGUGACCCAUUGCCGCAGCUGACUCGAAACAACGCUCCCCUUUCUAUGGAGUUUGACCAUGAUACUGGCGCCUUCCACGAACCGGGUACUGGCCCUGUUAUCUCGGGCCUGUAUGGUGCCGGUAUUGCUUUCCCUGAGCGGGUCGUCGAUCCUCAUGGCAAUGUCGAAUAUGCUGUCGGUUUCUUCAAGUUUAUGAAGUUCUUGAAGCGGGUUGUUCCUUCUUGGGUCAAGGGGGUCCAGGGUUAG